UAUCGAUCUUUAAGUCUCGAAUAUCGUGAUUUGAGUAUCGACGUUGAGCAGCUGAGUUCGUGUAUUCCACAGAUGGAAUUGUAUGUCAAGGAGAGGAUUGAUACAGAGAAAUGAGAUACAACAAACGUGUAAAUCAAGAUAUUACCUAAAGAAGACGCGGAAAAACAUAACUGGAUAGAAUUUCUGCAGGCUGAACCAUAACAUAGCCAGAGGUUUCUCACUGUGUUUAUGAUCGACGUUAAUAAUAGACGACACAAGAGAAUUAGUAAAAAUGCACCGUUCUAAAUCGACCAAGAAAAAAUUCUCCCCAUCAAAACCAGUAAAACGUCAAACGAACACUGUUCCUAAAUAAUUUUUUAUUCAUUCUAUCAUUUUUUACACCGAAAAUGGCUUCGUCAACAAAGAGAUCCUGGAAAUUACAGGAUUUUGCUGCUCAUGCAUCAAACGUCAACUGUCUAGCGUUGGGUCACAAAUCUGGUCGAGUUUUAGUUACCGGCGGUGAUGAUCGUAAAGUCAACUUAUGGGCCGUUGGAAAGCACAACUGUAUUAUGAGCCUGAGUGGACAUGCGACAGCAAUAGAAUGUGUUCGUUUCGGUCAAACGGAAGACUUAGUUUGCGCUGGAUCACAGACUGGUGUGCUGAAAAUUUGGGAUCUAGAGCAUGCAAAGCUUGCCAGAACUCUGACGGGGCAUGGAAAUGGUAUUAGAUGCAUGGAUUUUCACCCCUAUGGAGAAUUAUUAACGUCAGGAAGUCUGGACAAGGCAAUAAAGCUGUGGGAUAUGAGAAGAAAGGGCUGUAUAUUUACUUACAAAGGCCAUACAGAUACUGUCAAUAGCUUAAAAUUUAGUCCAGACGGACAGUGGAUAGCCAGUGCUGGAGCAGAAGGCAAAGUCAAGCUCUGGGACCUGAGAGCAGGAAAGCAAUUGAGAGAGUUUUCCGAACACAAAGGCUCGGUAACAACUGUUGAAUUCCAUCCUCAUGAAUUUCUUUUAGCCAGUGGCAGUACGGAUCGCACUGUCCAUUUCUGGGAUUUAGAAUCAUUUCAAUUAGUCUCUUCCACGGAACAAUCGCAGUCCACCGCAAUAAGGAGUCUCUACUUUAGUCAAGGCGGAGAGUGUCUUUUUGCUGGUAGUCAGGAUAUUUUGAAGGUCUAUGGGUGGGAACCAACACGAACACUUGACUCGGUACCAACAGGUUGGGGAAAGGUUCAAGAUAUAGCUGUUGCACAAAAUCAAUUGAUUGGAGCUUCUUUUCACAUAGCAAAUGUUGUCCUGUUUGUUUGCGAUUUAAAAAAAGUUGCCCCAUUCGGAGGCACCCCUACACCUGGGUCACCCUUUAGUCACGGCAACUCGUUGAGGAAAAGUUUUUCCAAAGAGAGACCUCCCGAAUUGAAGAAGCACAAAUUAGACGUUAAAACAAUAGAGGAAGCGGAUAAAUCUGGUACAGAUCCUGAGGAUGAAGUGAUGCUAGCUGAAAUACCGAAUGUCACAGAUUACAGAGAUGUCUUUCAACCAAACAGGUCUUUAUCUCGCACACCUCCCCCUGAACUAGAAGCUUUUGUCGAACCUGAAGAGUUGGAUCCUACACAGCCGCAAAUACUUCAAACACUGUCAACAUCUUUGUCAAAUUUGAAUACAAAUGAGUUAGACGAAGAGCCACCAUCAAUAAUGAAGCCAGUACCAGUGCGUGUUCAUCCCAUAAAAUCCUCGCCACCAGUCCAGCGUAACUUGAUAACUUCUACAAGCCAAAUAAGAGCAAAUCUCCAGGCAAACAAUGCAAGCAAAAACUCUAGAAAUAUAUCAACAAUCCCGCCACUUCGGCAAAGUAUUACGCCAUUGCUUGGCAAGAAAAAUGUUGGAAAUCAACCCUUAGGACCUCAGAGAUCAAACUCAACGUUGACUCCUCGAGUCGCUCCUAUGGCUGCCAUAUCUCCGGUAAUGGAUGACGGUAAAAUUAAAAGUCGAGCGCCUAGCCCAGAUUCUCCGAAACAUUGUCUGAAGAGACAGAGCAGUUGUAAAGAGAGAGAACAGGGCUAUGAAAGUGAUUAUCCAAUUCAGAUAAACAACAUCAAACAUAGUCCAUCCGAUCCUGCUUUGAAUCGGCCAAACACUGCUCAAUCACGAUCAACAUCGUUAAACAGAAAUUUUUCUAGUUCAACUCCUUUAUCAGCUCGAAAUGCAGUGAAAAAGCAAAAUAAAGCUCAAAUCCAACCUAAUGUAAAGGUUGAAAUAAGGGUACCACAACUAAGGCCAGCAGUGGAAGAAAAGGUCAAAGAUGAAUUUGUUCCAAUGAUCUCUGACAAACCGAGCGGCCUUGAUAUGGAUGAAUUUUUACCGAAUAGCUAUGGUGGCAGGGCAUUGGGUUACUCCCAAUUAGGCGUCCUCCCAGAAAUGUCAGAAGCUGAAGUACUGAACAGUAUGAUGCGCGGCUAUGAGUCCAUGAUGGCAGUACUUAACAGUCGUCAUAGAUCUCUGCAAAUCAUUUACUCGUUAUGGCACAGCAAAGACCUCAAGGCAGCGGUUGACUCGGCAGUAGCAAUGAACGAUUUGGCCGUUAUAGUCGACCUUUUAGGAGUUAUUACCCUUAAACCAACCAUUUGGAAUUUAGACCUAUGUAAUUCUUUGCUUACCUCCAUCUGCGAUCUACUUCAAAGUAAAUACGAAAUGUACGUAUCAGUGGGCUGCACGGCUCUCAGGUUAAUACUUCGUAAUUUCUCACCUGUAAUCAAGUCAAACGUCCAAGCUCCGUUACAUACGAUCGGUGUCGACGUUUCUCGCGAGGAAAGGUACCACAAGUGCGUGUCCUGUUACGAAAAAUUAAUGUCGGUGAGAUCGGUUUUACUUACAAAGCAAAAUAUGCCUGGGAAAAUUGGCACGACAUUUCGAGAGCUAAGUAACCUGAUGCAGGCUCUUGAGUGAAUUGAAAUUUUGUGUAUUGUCAAUUAUUGAAAUAUUUUCGACCACCGACAAUGUGCAAUUUUAAAAAAAUUAAAGGUGAAGAAAAACAUUUGUCCACAAUCAUUAUAUUGUUUCAGUGAAAUUCGAGGUAAUAAAAAUAAAAUUUCAGUGUUCGAACGAUGACGAUUGUGAUCAUGUGCUUAAUACUAGUGAGUGAAUAAACGAAUGACACAAAUUUGAAUACAAAAAGGAAUUGAUAAUAAUUGAAAAAGAGUAAAGAAAAAAAAACUUUUACUCGCAGUAUAUAUUGUGGAUUCAAUAACAAUUUAAUAAUAGAUGAUCAAGUGAUAAUUGACGAGGCGUAUGAGAUAUUUACUUAAAAAAAAGUGUUGGCCUCGACACACUCGGUGAUGUCACACCGUUGCAGAUUGAGGACCGAUAUAAUUAUGCGUACAAUUAAUGAUUAAAUAAAUUUCGGACUGGAAUGAGGGCGGGGGUGGGGGUAGGGGGCAGAAUUAUGGAAAUGAUAUUUGGUCUUAUACUUAUUUAAUUGAAAUUUUUUUUUAUUGCAUAUGGUUACAGGGAUUUUAAACUUUACAUGUUCUACAUUUAUUUCUGUUGUAACCUAACAAGAAUAAUAUUCAAAGAUCGAGCUUAUUUGAAUUUAUGCAUGUUGAAGCUUCUGAUCGAAAUGAUUUUUUUUCGGACGGCAUGAAAAUCUUCGAAAUCGAGGUGAUUUUUAAAUAUAUUUAUACAAGUUUUAAACCACAAGCAUUGUAGCCUCGCAAUGAAAUGUGUUGAGAAAAAAAGUUUUGUAUAGAACAAAUUUCAUGCAAAAUUCCUGCUUUCACACAUAUUUUUCAUGUUUUAAGUAUAUCAAGAACCAUAAAAAUGGGUUUAAUAAAAUUUAUACAAUUCUGAACUUUCGGCUUCGACGGUUCAUUGUUUUUGGUUUUUCUUGCUGGCUGAAACUUUCAAAGCUUCAAAUAAACGUACUAUUAACUAAACUUGACCAAAUAACUGCGUUAAUGUGCAUUUUUUUUUCUUGUUAAAAAUUUGCCAGUACGUCGUUUAGGAAAAACAUUGUGGUUCGCAGCUAUUGGUGAAGUUCGAUUUGCCUCCGUUAGAUAUACGAUCAUAGUUUGUAUCAUGUUUGAAAAUCAUUUCAAACUUUAGGGGUAGAGUGAUUUUAUUACGCUUUAGAAUAACGUCCCUGUGAAAAUUUGCAUGCACGCCAUAUAAUAUCUUUCGCUAACAAAAGAAAAAGGAAAACAUAAAACUCGUACAAAUUGUCAUCGCAUGUGCAGGGUGAUUAUAAUAAUUAAAGUUAACGUAUUUAGAAUUCAAUAACUUGACGAGUUUCCGUCAAAAAAAUAUCUUUACUCGGGGAUGAGUUUUAUUUCG